GCUGCUGUGGGUGUUCUAGAAUAAACAUUUUAGAAACGAACUUCGGGUAGCAAGUUCAAUUUCUUCCCCCUGGCUCCCGAACUCGCCGGGUAAUGUUAUUUAACUUGCGCGUAUGGAAACCAACCCAGUCACCUAUGGAAAACUUACUAACAACUAGCGAGGAGCAACUUGUUGUGGCGAAAAAGAAGUAAUGUUGUAACUUCGGCUAGCUGACCUAGCUGAGAUCUCCGUGUGUAAUGUGCAUGGAUAUGCUGGUGGUGAUGGAUUGCACAUUACACUUUUGACUUCAUUGUGACUUGCAAUGGGACUUGACGAGACAUAUCGACCCUUUGAACGGAUCCUUACGUAGAACUAAAGACAAACUGUCAGGCCUGCCUUACACCACUGCCUGCUGCCCAUCAAAGAUGUGAAAGGACCACGGCGUACUCCUCCUCUACCACGAACAGACGUCUGCAGCACCAGUUAGCCAUGGACCGGAACAAGCGCAACUCCAUAGCCAGCUUCCCCAUGCGACCGGACCGACCGGAGGAGCUGGACGUGGGGGUUGGCGGGGUCGAGACGGGACCUGCCCAGUUGGACAGCAGGGUGUGCCCCUCCUCCUACCGUGCCCUGAUCAGUGCCUUCUCUCGCCUGACGCGCCUGGAUGACUUCAUCUGUGAAUGGAUCGGCUCGGGCUUCUUCUCUGAAGUCUACAAGGUGCGUCACCGAGCGUCCGACCAGGUGAUGGCCCUGAAGAUGAACACGCUGAGCAGCAACCGGGCCAACAUGCUGCGGGAGGUGCAGCUGAUGAACCGCCUCUCCCACCCCAACAUCCUCAGAUUCAUGGGCGUCUGUGUCCAGGAAGGUCAACUCCACGCCCUGACGGAGUACAUAAACGGCGGUAACUUGGAGCAGCUGCUGGACAGCAACAAGUUCCUGAGCUGGACGAAUCGGGUGGUGCUGGCCUGCGACAUCGCCUCGGGCCUGGGCUACCUGCACUCCAAAGGCAUCUUCCACAGGGACCUGACCUCCAAGAACUGCCUGAUUAAGUCUGAUGAGAAUGGCUACACAGCAGUGGUUGGAGACUUUGGGCUAGCUGAGAAGAUCCCCAGUGAUGAUGCUGAAGGGGAGAAGCUUGCUGUGGUGGGAUCUCCAUUUUGGAUGGCACCGGAAGUGCUGAGAGACGAGCCUUACAAUGAGAAGGCAGAUGUCUUCUCCUACGGUAUAAUCCUUUGUGAGAUCAUUGCACGCAUACAGGCAGACCCUGACUUCCUGCCUCGCACAGAGAACUUUGGCCUGGACUACCAUGCUUUUCAACACAUGGUGGGAGACUGUCCUCCUGACUUCCUCCAGCUGGCUUUUGACUGCUGCAAUAUGGACCCGAAGUUGAGGCCAUCGUUCCCAGACAUCGUCAAGCGGCUGGAGGAACUGCAGGGCCACUUGCGAGCGGAGGAGGCCGAGCACGAGUGCAUCAACAACGCCGUGGAGGUGGAGAAGAAGAACAUCCCCAGAGGUGAAAAGCUUCAAGGAAUCAAAAGACUAAACCCCCUCGGCUUCCCAGAUGACAAGAUUCCUCAAAAGUCACCCCGUCCUCGUCGCAGCAUCUGGCUGUCACGCAGCCAGUCGGAUGUGUUCUCCCGAAAGCCUGGCCGCAAGGUCAACGUACAGGACCCUUAUUACAACCCAGGGCCUCGGGGCGCCGUUCGGGGAGGAGCACCCAAGAUUAACCCUUUCAGCGCCAGGGAAGACUUGAAAGGCGGCAAGAUCAAGUUUUUCGACGUGCCCAGCAAGUCGGUGUUCUCGCUCAUGUUCGACCUGCACUCUCCUCAGGGCAGCCUGAGGGGUGGCCCGCAGCUACAGCCUGGGGCCGUCUCCACGGGCAACCCUUGCGGCGCUGCGCUCCCCGCGGUGCCCUGGCCGGAGCCCUGGCAGCUUCCUGGCCGGCAGUGCCGCUCCCUGCCGGUCUCCCCUCUGCUACCCCCGUGCUCCAGCGCCUGUCGAGCUGCAGAGCAGGGACAGGGACAGGGCCAGGGCCAGCCAGGCGCGGAGGCGGCCAAGCAGAAGCCCCUCGGCAGCUGGGCCAAGAAGUACGCCGUGACAGAGAUCCCUCCCUUCCGGUCGCGGGCUGAGCGGGAAGAGGAGGCGAGGAGCUGGGCGAACGGCGGUGGGGAAAGCGGGAACGGUGAGGCCGAGGCCAUGGACUGCUCCAGCAGCAGGCCAAGCCCUGAGGCGGGAGGGGAGCAGGAGCAGGAACAAGAGCAGCGUGACGGCCUGCCCAACGGCAACGGGGCCUGCGAGGACAUGGAGGCGGAGGACGAGGAGGGACUAAUGAUGAUGGGAGGGCCACCGCCACCUCUGGAUUGCCAGCCGCCCGCCCUUGAACUCAGCGUGUCCGCCCAGCAUCAGGAGCUGUGUCCCGUCAUGCUCGCUCCCCGCUGCGGCCCUCGGACGUGA